AUGAUUAUUCCAAAAUUUUCAGUUGACCAAAAUGAUGAAUUUAUUAUUGUUGUUGCAAUAACACCAUAUAUUAAAGCAUCAGAAGCAGAUUUUUAUUUAUUGGAAAAUCAAUUUAAAUUCUAUUGUAAACCAUAUUUCCUUAGACUUACAUUUAGUCAUAAUAUAGUUGAAAAUGGUAAAGAGAAAGCAUCAUUCAAUGUAAAUACACAAGAAUUUACAUUUUAUUUACCAAAAGAAAUAAAUGGUCAAAAAUUCAAUGAUUUAGAUUUAAUUACAAAAUUAUUAGAGAAAAAGUCAACAACAAAUACUUCAAAGAUUCAAGUUUUAAAUGGUGAAUCAAAUCAAGAUGACCAAGAUGAAGAUGAAGAAGGUGAAGAUUAUGAAGAUGAAGAAUGGGAAUUUGAACAAAUUGUUGAACCUGAACCAUCUUUAGAUGAAUUAAAAAAUAAAAUUAAAUAUGGAUUCAAUGAUGGAUAUAGUGAUUUCUUUCAAGGAUUACAACAAGAUAUUAGUGAUAUAAUUGAUAUUCCAAUUAUCGAUUCAAUUACAAAACAAGAAAGAACAAAAGUUAGAACUGAAUUUGAAGAUUUAAAAUUUGAUCCAGAAAGAUUUAUGGAAAAUCAUUUCUUUAAUGAUGAUAUUAAAGAAUUAUUACAUUAUAAAUGUUAUUGGGAAGAUUUAAUUGAAAAGAAAUUAAAAUUAAAAAAUGAAAAAAAUCAAAAACAAUCAUCUGAACAAGAAUCGAAUGAAAUAAUAAAUAAAAAAGAAGAAGAAAAACAAGAAGAAAAACAAGAGGAAAAAGUUGAAGAAAUUAAAGAAAAAGUUGAAGAAAUUAAACAAAUUGAUCCAUCAAAUUUAGAAGAUUAUGAUGAAGGUAAUGAUGAAGUUACAAAUGAAACUACAAUUGAAUCAAAUGAAAUUUCAGAUGAAUUAUUAGAAAAGAUUAAUUCAACUUUAUCAAAGAAAAUUUCAAUUGUAAAUGAUGAGUCAGAUAUCAAAAAUAGUUUAAUUGAAAAAGAAGAUUCAACAACAACAACAACAACAACAACAACAACAACAACAACAACAACAAAAUCAACAACUACAAAUAAUAAUAAAUAUUCAAAGAAAUUAAUUACAUUUUCAGAUGAAGAAAAAGAUAUAAUGAAAAAUUUACCAAAUAAAGAAUAUAUGAUUAGUAAUGAAAAAUCAAUAUUACUUGGAUUGGUUGAUAUAAUUUAUUCAUAUGCAUAUAAUGAAAGAGUUAAUAUGGGUUAUGAAAAUAUUGAAUCAGCUUGGAACAUUUGUAAAUUGUCAGGUACAUUAUCAUGUCUUGAUAAUUUUUAUAAUUUAUCAUCAGUUUUAGAAUGUUGUUUUAAGAGAUCAUUAACGUUCCCACUUUAUCGUAGUUGGUUAUUAUCAGAACGUGUUCUUAGAGAUACAAAACAAAUUUUCCAAUUAGGAAAAAGAUCACUUUUAAAAUGUUUAUUAGAUAUUAAAAAGAAAUUAGAAUCUUCAGAAUUUAAAUACUACUUAAAUAGAUUAUAUAUUGAUGAUUAUUGUAUUUGGUUACAACAUGCAAGUAAAAAGAAAUUAAAAUCAUUACGUAAUAAAUUAUCUGAAUAUGAAAUGAAAAAGUCAAUGAUAUCAUGGCCAUUAGAAGAAUAUGAAAAAUUAGUUGAAGAAGAAGGUAUGGUAUUUGGUGAAGAAGAAGAGGAUGAAGAUAAUAAAGAAGAACAAUUUGAAUAUGAAAAUCAAGAUGAAAGUGAUUAA